AUGGCCCGAAGGAGGAGGAAGCGAGGGGGAAGGGGGAGGAGGGCUGGAUGGCCCGAAGGAGGCGGAAGCGAGGGGGAAGGGGGAGGAGGGCUGGAUGGCCCGAAGGAGGAGGAAGCGAGGGGGAAGGGGGAGGCGGGCUGGAUGGCCCUUAGGAGGAGGAAGCGAGGGGGGGAGGGGGAGGAGGGCUGGAUGGCCCGAAGGAGGAGGAAGCGAGGGGGAAGGGGGAGGAGGGCUGGAUGGCCCUUAGGAGGAGGAAGCGAGGGGGAAGGGGGAGGAGGGUGGAUGGCCCGAAGGAGGAGGAAGCGAGGGGGAAGGGGGAGGAGGGCUGGAUGGCCCUUAGGAGGAGGAAGCGAGGGGGAAAGGGGAAGAGGGCUGGAUGGCCCGAAAGAGGAGGAAGCGAGGGGGAAGGGGGAGGAGGGCGGGAAGGCCCUUAGGAGGAGGAAGAGAGGGGGGAAGGGGGAGGAGGGCGGGAAGGCCCUUAGGAGGAGGAAGCGAGUGGGAAGGGGGAGGAGGGCGGGAAGGCCCUUAGGAGAAGGAAGAGAGGGGGGAAGGGGGAGGAGGGCGGGAAGGCCCUUAGGAAGAGGAAGCGAGUGGGAAGGGGGAGGAGGGCUGGAUGGCCCGAAGGAGGCGGAAGCGAGGGGGAAGGGGGAGGAGGGCUGGAUGGCCCGAAGGAGGAGGAAGCGAGGGGGAAGGGGGAGGAGGGCUGGAUGGCCCGAAGGAGGCGGAAGCGAGGGGGAAGGGGGAAGAGGGCUGGAUGGCCCGAAGGAGGAGGAAGCGAGGGGGAAGGGGGAGGAGGGCUGGAUGGCCCUAAGGAGGAGGAAGCGAGGGGGGAGGGGGAGGAGGGUUGGAUGGCCCGAAGGAGGAGGAAGCGAGGGGGAAGGGGGAGGAGGGCGGGAAGGCCCGAAGGAGGAGGAAGCGAGGGGGAAGGGGGAGGAGGGCGGGAAGGCCCUUAGGAGGAGGAAGAGAGGGGGAAGGGGGAGGAGGGCGGGAAGGCCCUUAGGAGGAAGUGAGGGGGAAGGCGGAGGAGGGCUGGAUGGCCCUUGGGAGGGGGAAGCGAGUGGGAAGGGGGAGGAGGGCGGGAAGGCCCUUAGGAGGAGGAAGACAGGGGGAAGGGGGAGGAGGGCGGGAAGGCCCUUAGGAAGAGGAAGCGAGUGGGAAGGGGGAGGAGGGCUGGAUGGCCCGAAGGAGGAGGAAGCGAGGGGGAAGGGGGAGGAGGGCUGGAUGGCCCGAAGGAGGCGGAAGCAAGGGGGAAGGGGGAGGAGGGCUGGAUGGCCCUUAGGAGGAGGAAGCGAGGGGGAAGGGGGAGGAGGUGGAGGAAGCGAGGGGGAAGGGGGAGGAGGGCUGGAUGGCCCGAAGGAGGAGGAAGCCAGGGGGAAGGGGGAGGAGGGCUGGAUGGCCCGAAGGAGGCGGAAGCAAGGGGGAAGGGGGAGGAGGGCUGGAUGGCCCGAAGGAGGAGGAAGCGAGGGGGAAGGGGGAGGAGGGCUGGAUGGCCCGAAGGAGGAGGAAGCGAGGGGGAAGGGGGAGGAGGGCUGGAUGGCCCGAAGUAGGAGGAAGCGAGGGGGAAGGGGGAGGAGGGCUGGAUGGCCCGAAGGAGGAGGAAGCGAGGGGGAAGGGGUAGGAGGGCUGGAUGGCCCGAAGGAGGAGGAAGCGAGGGGGAAGGGGGAGGAGGGCGGGAAGGCCCUUAGUAGGAGGAAGCGAGGGGGAAGGGGGAGGAUGGCUGGAUGGCCCGAAGGAGGCGGAAGCGAGGGGGAAGGGGGAGGAGGGCUGGAUGGCCCGAAGGAGGAGGAAGCGAGGGGGAAGGGGGAGGAGGGCUGGAUGGCCCGAAGGAGGAGGAAGCGAGGGGGAAGGGGGAGGAGGGCUGGAUGGCCCGAAGGAGGCGGAAGCGAGGGGGAAGGGGGAGGAGGGCUGGAUGGCCCGAAGGAGGAGGAAGCGAGGGGGAAGGGGGAGGAGGGCUGGAUGGCCCUUAGGAGGAGGAAGCGAGGGGGAAGGGGGAGGAGGGCUGGAUGGCCCGAAGGAGGAGGAAGCGAGGGGGAAGGGGGAGGAGGGCUGGAUGGACCGAAGGAGGAGGAAGCGAGGGGGAAGGGGGAGGAGGGCUGGAUGGCCCGAAGGAGGUGGAAGCAAGGGGGAAGGGGGAGGAGAGCUGGAUGGCCCGAAGGAGGAGGAAGCGAGGGGGAAGGGGGAGGAGGGCUGGAUGGCCCUUAG